GCCUAUAUAUGUACACACUUCUCUCACGAUUUCUAUGCAUAAGCACAAGUGCUCUGUUCUUAAGUCACAAGCUUGCUCGCUUGAGGGCAUGGCCUCCUUUUCUUCCUGUAACAAAACUGACCUCUUUCUCUUGCUUGCAUUGCUCUCUGCUUCUGCAAGUGCUGCUGCAUCAGCUGUAAGUUUCUACCGGGACGUAGACAUCACUUGGGGCGACGGCCGUGCCAAAGUCCUAGACAACGGGCGGCUCCUCACGCUCUCGCUCGACCAGUCCUCCGGCUCUGGUUUCCAGUCGAAGAACCGAUACGUAUAUGGGACGUUCGAUGUGCAGCUCAAGCUCGUUCCGGGGAACUCCGCAGGAACAGUCACCACCUUCUAUCUGUCGUCGGAAGGGGUAAUGCACGACGAGAUCGACUUGGAGUUCCUCGGCAACCUCAGCGGAGACCCCUACGUCCUCCACACCAAUGUGUUCAGCCAAGGGAAGGGGAACAGGGAGCAGCAGUUCUUCCUCUGGUUUGAUCCCACCAAGAACUUCCACACCUACUCCGUCUUAUGGAAUCCUAAACACAUCGUCUUCUACGUGGAUGGCACGCCGAUCAGGGAGUUCAAGAACAGGGAGUCGACGGGCGUGCCGUACCCGACGAACCAAGCCAUGAGAAUCUACUCGAGCCUGUGGGACGCAGACGACUGGGCCACCCGGGGUGGCCUGGUGAAGACGGACUGGUCCAAGGCGCCAUUCACUGCUGCCUUCAGGAGCUUCGACGCCGAUGGCUGCCUCUGGACUUCCGGAGCUUCCUCCUGCUCCUCCGGCAGCAGCUCCUGGAUGUGGCAGGAGUUGGAUGCUACCAGCUUGAAGAAGAUGAGGUGGGUGCAGCACAACUACAUGAUCUACGACUACUGCGCUGACGCAAAGAGGUUCCCUCAGGGGCUGCCCCUCGAGUGCUCUGCCAGGCCAUGAUCAUUGUUGGUGGUAGAUAAUGACGCCAUUUGAAGUCAGCAUGCGUUGCUUGUCCAUGUAUUGUUCAUGUAUAUGAUGAAAUGCUUCGACAUUGUAAGAAUAAAUAGCAGAUCCAGUAUUGUCAUUUUCA